UAAUUUGAGAGCUUUACAUGUCUGUGUAAAAUUGUAUGGAAGCAAAUCAGAGUGGGAACACUAGUUCCAGUAAGGUUCACAGAUGGAAACAAACUUCAUACAAAAACGUAUCCCAUGAAAUCAUUAAUCUUAAAAAUGCUAAUCCAGAGAUGGGGACAUCGUUUGUACUGAACAGAGUGUUGAAGACUUCUGGUUUUGUAACAUAGUCUCUGGCAGGUGAGACUCAUUGUUCCUCAAGUUUUCUGAGCAUUGUGACAGUUCCCCGUAGAGAGAAAUGGCUGUCUAAUUUGUGAACCUUCCCAAUGGAUUGAUUACACACUUGGCUGUAUAGUAUUUAUAUGAACAUUUUAGCAGUGUAAUAUAUUCUGUUUAAAAGUCUAGUCUGUACAGUAUAAAUAUUGUGUAAAAGUAUUUUUUUAAAAAGCCUGUAUGAAAUGCCUAUGCUAUUGCAGAUGUCUUUCAGGUCUUAAAUGUACACUUGAUUUUCAAGUUUCGAGUUCUGUGGGUAUGUGUUAGUGUAGUAUCUCUUCACUUUUUUUUCCUGUUCAGCCACAAUCAUUAUCUUAACUACAGAGGCACAGGAGUGUUGCGCUUCUCAGGCAAGACUUGAAAGCUUUUUCUUGAAAUAGAAUGUAUAACAGCUUACAUUAUUUUUUUGAGUUAGCUAUGUAAAUUAUUAUGUAAAUAUUUCAACUUUUGCACUGGGGGGGGCUGGGAGGGGGCUAAGCGUUGCUUUUCAAGCUUCAUGUUCUAACUUCCCUUAAGCAACACAUACACCAUUCUCCUAUUGUUUCAGCUGUUUAAUAAACUGUUUCUUCUUGUACGAUGUGUGUAAUCUGUGCCAGAAGCAAUUAGUUAAAAGUUUUACAGCUGUUAGCUGGUAUAAAUAUCAUAACUUGGUAUUAAUUACCAGAUUUCUUGUUAGAUAGGUUCAGUAUAAAUGAUUAAACAGUUUAAAAAUAUGAACUGGUCCCUGUUGAUAUAGCAUUUUCUCAUCUGAAGAAAGAUAUGCUUUGACAGAUUUUCUUUGACUCCUAAUGCUUUGGAGUAAUUAGUCUUUGAAAUAUACACUGCAUUAGCUUCUUGAUAUUUGAAAUAUAUACUGCAUUACCACUUCUUAAAGUUUCCUAUCUUUAUCUAUGGCAAUACUCUCUUGUGCUGUAUCUCAAGAACAGAUUAUCCACUGAGGCUGGGGAGUGGCUAUUGGAGGCCUAAAAACAUGCGAGUGUGUUAAGCAAGAGCAUCUUCUACUUGCUGAGCCUGGCAGGAGGAUGGUCUGGCAAAUCUGGAGUUGCCUUUCACUUUCAUUGCUGUCUCCUGAAUUUCAAACUAGACUGUUCCUUAAAUUACAUAGCAAAGAACAGUCUAUCUUGUAAUUAAUACUACUAGUUGAGAUAUUUGCUACCUUCCUCCUUGCUUUGGAAAGUGGAUGGCCUAUAGCUUUUCUUCCCUAGAGAGCAUAUAAUGGUGGGAAAUAGAGGCGGUUCAGUGUUGCUUCUUGUCAGUUACUGUACCUCUAGCUCAUUUCUGCUAACAGGUUAGCCCUGAAUCGCAUCUUGUGCUAGGAAGUGACAAUCAUUACAUCUUCUGCUCUAAAGCAGCAAUGAAAAGGAUUCUAUUUACUGAGGCGUUGCAUUACUGUAGUGAAAAGGCAUACCUCCUGUCCCUAGGAGGGAGGUAAACGUCAAGUCCUUGUCUAUUAGCUUUCAUUUCUUUCUUCUUUCUGCUUUUCCUGCAGAAUUUGUCAUCCUGGUUUUGUUAUAUGUUUCUUUACCACUUGAAAAAGUGGAUGAUUGGAUGAAUUCUCCUCUUCCUCCUUCUUUCCAAGCCUUUCACUGCUUUUUAGACUACCUUACUCUUUUCCUGGCAUAUGCUUCUUGCAAAUAGCAGAUGCCUGAUACUCUAGCGUAACUGCAGCUGCACUUUGCAUUUUCGUGAACCAACAGUUUAGGUAGCUUAAACGCUUUGGAUCAUGUUUCUUUACAGUUAGCGUCUACAUGACGUUAAGUAAAGACCGUACAAACACUUCUGCAUUUGCUGGAAAACUUCAGGACUGAAUGUGUCACUCUUCCUAACACCACAAAUGUCCGUAUUGUGGACCCACUACUAGACUCAAUUGAAUACAGCACUGUCCUAUCAUUAUAUGUUAAAUUCAAAUUAAGUUUUAUUUACUCUUUGACUAUUGAGUCAAAAAAAUCUGUAGCUCUAUAAAUUGAAAACAACAACUUCAAUUCAGCAAUUUUUGUUACUGCUUCAUUUUGCUAGGAAACCCUGCUAUUUUAUGAUGUCAUGGCAAGACAACAAUGGUAUCAUUAUGAUGUUGUAGAAUUCUCUAUUGAAAUUCACAGUAAGCUAGCAUCGUUUUAUUUUAUCUUGCUGUCUAGCAGCAUGAAGUAGUGCAAAUGGCUACAUCUGAAAAAUUUAGUCAAAGCAAGAAAAAAGAAUCUGAAAUGGACCUCUCUCUAGCAGAAACAUCCUGUGUUUCUGUUCGGGAUAAACUAGUUGAUUCUGUAAUCUCAAUUUCUUCUGUCAGUCCGGUACAUGAUAAAACAGCAGCUUGCGAUUCUGCCUUAAGAUCUGUAAUAGAAGAAAAUGCUUUUCAGACUUUGAGUGAUGGACCCUGGGCAAAAAGACCACGUCUUAAUCUUUCUGAGGAUAGCUCCACCAAAGCCAAUGAUUUUUCAUUCCUCACCUUUCCAAAGAAACUCUGGAAAAUUGUUGAAAGUGAUCAGUUUAAGUCAAUUUGGUGGGAUGAUGAUGGGAACUGUGUAGUGAUUGAUGAAGAGUUCUUCAAAAAGGAGGUGCUAGAAAGGAGAGGACCUCUGAGAAUUUUUGAAACUGACUGCAUGAAAAGUUUCAUUCGUCAGCUUAACCUUUAUGGAUUUAGCAAAAUGCGACAGGAUUUUCAAAGAUCUGCCUCACUUGCUGAAUUUCUAGCAGAAGAAACAGCAGCUUCUGCUUUUAGCAAGUUACAGUUCUAUUAUAACCCAAAUUUUAAGAGAGGUUAUCCCCACUUGCUAAUAAGGUGCAAGCGAAGAGUUGGCAUAAAAAAUAAACCACCAGCUGCAUUCUCACUGAAUCAAGAUUUUAAUGAAAACCACCUGAGAAGCGAAGGAAGAAGCCCUGAUGUUCAACCUGCUUUAGGAACUGCUUCUGCAGAGGAGAACAAUCUGUUCACAGCAGCUCCAAAGGAGAACACCCAGGUACCUGCACCAAGGAAGUCCACAAUUACAAAGGGACUUGCUAAAGCAACUACCCGAAUCAAAAGUGGUUAUGCGUCCUCACAUACAACUUCACUGAGCCUGUCAGACCCUGCUGUAGCAGAAGACAGGGAUGAGUUAAGUCAGCUGGCCCCUUUCCAUUUACCACAGCACAGCAGCCACACUCGAGUUGGCAUCCAGGAUACUGAUUCCACUACAACUACAUCUGCUACUUCACUAUACCAUGUUAUACCGCCUGUACCAAACAGUCCUUUUAGACCUGUUAUGGGACUUCCUGCCUUUCCAUCCAUGUAUCCAGAUUUAUCAGCUAUGCAGGCUCACUGGGCUAGUCUGCUUCCCUUUUGUAACCCAUGGUUUUCAAUGCCUAUGAUUGCAGCAGCCUCUGCUAUUUCUAUGUCAAGGUCAUCUCACCAUCGAAGCCCAACAUACCAUCAUUGCCCUAAUUGCAACUGUACUUCAAAUAGUGCACCUGUAGGCAAAGGAGUUGGACCCAAAACUACUGAAUACAUGGGAUAUCAUAGAUAAAUAGCUAUUUUUUUAAGUUGCAUAUGCCAAGGGCAUAAAGCCUAACAAAUAUGCAAUUAAACCAUCUGAAUAAAAAAUAAAUAUUUCCUAAUUGUCCUGUCCUAUUUAUACAAUGGAAUCUCAGGUUGAAUUUGUGUUUCAGCAAUCAAAAACUAUUUAAGUAGAAACAACUGAUCUACAAGCAAUUUAAAGAUUUUUCGUAACAAUCAAGCUUAAAUUCUUAUCAGUAGAGAGUAAGACUAGGGUAAGAGUUCUCCAGAGGGUGUGCCAAGGUAUAAAGAGCUUAGAAGUACUGGAACUCUUCUUGUCAUAUAGCAGUGUCAUAGAGCCAAGGCUCUGCUGUGGAGGGCAGGGGAGAAUCCAUUCUUCUGUUAUUGAAGUAAUAACCUCCGAUAAAAGCAUUUACUAAGGCUUAGUUUAGAGACCGGGGUUUAACUGAAGUAUUUAUACCAAAUGCUACUUCAUGAUCCCCUUCCUUUUCACAGUACAGCGGAUUACAUUUUUUGUGUUAUAGCAGACUCGUAACACAUGCUGUGGAAGACGGUCCACACUUUACAGUGAUUUAUGUUAACUAUCAUAAGAAAUAAGAUUACAAGUUCAUAAGUUCAUGGUAAACAUGCAGUGCUACGUAGUCCAAGCUGAUCACUGAAAGAUGUUCUAAAUCAGGUCCUAAGAUAAGAGAACUAUAAAAUCAACAGACCAAAACCAAAAGAGAUUGGUCUCAUUCAUUUUCAUUGAUCAAAAGGUCUAUGCUUGUUAAAAAUAAAUAAAUAAAGGGAAAGGGAUUUAGAAAUUAUCAUAUUGUAUCAAAUAUCUUGAAAAAGACACUACUAUUCUAGGUUACUUUGCUGGUGAGCAAUCUUUGAAAUCAAAUUUCAAGCACUGAAACCAUUUCCUUCCUUUCCAUUGUAGCCACCUGCGUAACAUGACUACAGGUCAAACCUCUCGCCUAAUGGAAUCAACAGUAAAGCUACUGACUUCAGUAAUGGGAUUAGGUUCCAACUGAUUUGGGAGAUCAAAUUACGCUUUUUUUAAAGUAUUCUUAAAAGAUAUGCUUUUAGAACUAAGAGGUGAAACAGAAUUUCACCUGGAAGUAAAUAGCACUAUGUUAUUAUUAUUCUGUUUCAUGUGGGAAAGCUGGCUUCACUCUUGUAUCUAGGUAUUGCCUUAAAAACACCUAAUUAAGGUCAGCUGAGGACCACUUACUCCUCACACUUGUCUUUUUAACAUUUUAAAAAUGAAUAUUUCCUAUCUUAAAUGAGAAAAAAGUUAUAAUAGUUAUUUUGUACAAGCACCUUCUUCCUGACAAAGGCCUUUCUACAAAGGCUUACUAUCAGUUCCCAGAGCCACAUACUGCAGGCUGCUCCCUGCCAUCAUAUGCACAUGCAGUGUACCCAAUCCGUGCAUGAGAAAAAUGUGGUCUUUCCUGGAAAUUUUAUAUUUACAGCACAUUCAUGACAGCCUAUGCACAAACACCAUCCUGUCAAUUUCUGCCUCCACUUGAGAAGCCCAUAGGACUAGCUUUAUCUCAAAUGCUUUCCUUCCCAGUGAUGCCACACAUGUACGAAUGGGCUGUGAAACACAUAAAUGUAUUACUGGUGACAG